AUGAAAGACCUUAUUAGAUGGGCAACUACUGCUAAGUAUCAAAAGGGAGGAAAAUAUUUUGGAAGAAAGGUAUUACAAUUAAGGAACAAGGCGGCUGCUUUAAGAUCAAUUCCAGAUGAAGGGGAGUUGAAUUGGAGUAAUGAUUCUCCAAAGAUCAGUUUUAGAUGGGAUGUGGAGAGCUGCAGCAGCUCAACCAUUUCCAUGGCUUCUUCUUCUUCUUCCUUGGGAGUUCAUGACUUAUUCCUUUCUGCCUUGCAUCCUUCUAAUCACACAAAAGGAAAUUGGAUCACAACUGAUUCUGAAUUUGUGGUUUUAGAACUAUGA